GUUUGUACCUUGUAAAUACUGUUAUUUGUAUAUACUGUAAAUGAUGACAUCGGUGGGCACCAGUCGAGCCCGAGGCAACUGGGAUCAGACACAGACACAGAAUCAGACACAGCAGAAACAGCGGCCACAGGCCACAGCAGAGCAGAUACGAAUUGCACAGAUGAUUUCAGACCACAAUGAUGCUGACUUUGAAGAGAAAGUAAAGCAGCUGAUUGACAUCACAGGCAAAAACCAGGAUGAGUGCAUGAUCGCUUUGCACGAUUGCAAUGGUGACGUCAACAGGGCUAUCAAUGUUCUCCUGGAAGGAAACCCAGACACGGAUUCUUGGGAAAUGGUGGGGAAGAAGAAGAGCUUGGCGGGACAGAAGGAAGCUGGUCAGGCAGAAGGAAACGAAGAGGGCAAAGAGAUUCGCGACCGAGACCGGGAGUUCAGCCGAAGGCGCGUGGGUGGAAGCAGGAGAGGAAGGGGUGCGAGCCGGGGCAGGGAGUUUCGGGGCCAGGAGAAUGGGCUGGACGGAGCAAAGAGCAGUGGGACCUUUGGCAGGACCUCUGAGAGAGGAAGGCGAGGACGGGGCAGAGGCAGAGGUUUGGGCCGAAGAGGAGGAAGGUUUUCUGCCCAGGGAAUGGGGACGUUUAACCCUGCCGAUUACACUGAUCCCGCCAACACGGACGAGUACUACGGGAAUGCCAAUCCAACGUGGAACAGCACCGCCAGCUUCGAGCCGGACGACGGAACAAGUGCUUGGCGGACUGCGACGGAGGAGUGGGGUACAGAUGACUGGAGUGAAGAUCUGUCAGAGACAAAGAUUUUCACCGCUUCCAACGUUGGACCCCUGCCUUCUGCCAACGAGACUGUGACAAUCACAGCGGGUCAGAGGAUCGACCUGGCGGUGUUGCUGGGCAAGCAGCCUUCCUCGUCGGAGAAUGAGCCAGCUCCCUUGGACAGCUCUGCCUCGCCAACGCUCUCCCAGCCUCUGGUGUUCAACAACUCGAAGCAGCACCCCGUGCCUCAGCCGUCUCCCCCCACCACCUUCCCUCAGCAUAACAUGGUCAGCAUGCUGAGUAAGAACUUCGGCGAUGUCGGGGAGCCCAAGGGCGGCAGCAGUGCCGGCUCUCAGCUCCUGGAGCAGCUGAAGACCGCCCAGGCCCUGGCGCAGUUGGCAGCCCAGCACACGCAGCCCACCAGUAACGCCACCUCCUCCUGGGACAUGGGGCCCACGUCUCAGCCCUCGGUGCUUGGCCACUUUGAGUUGAAAAGCCAAACUGAAUCUUCAGUUCACGGUCCCUUCGGACAACGCCAGUCCUACUCCAACUCCAGCAUGAUGGAAGUCUUCAUCCCCACCAAACAGCCAACGGCACCUUCAAACUCACCUCUGCCAAACAAAUCCGGCGCCACGCAGGUGUCCCCCGGCUCCUCAGAGAACCAGUCCUCCAGUCCCCAGCCUGCACAGCAGAAGCUGAAGCCACAGAAGAAGAAAGCUUCAAUUUCUUCCAAGAUCCCAUCUUCUGCCGUAGAGAUGCCCGCUUCAGCUGAUAUAGCAGGGUUAAACCUGCAGUUUGGGGCUUUGCAGUUUGGUUCCGAGCCCAUGUUAUCAGAGUAUGAGUCGACCCCAACGACCAGUGUGCCCGUGAGCCAACCCCAGAGCAGCCUCUACACCAGUGCUGUAAGUGAGUCCUCUCCAACGAUCGCCUCCAAUCCAAGCCCGGAUUCUGGCUACCAGCCCAACACGAUCACGACCUCGGCAUUCACGGCCCAGAGCAGCGCACCGGGGACGCAGUACGAGCAGAGUUCCGCGCAGCGGGCACCGUACUCCAACUCCCUAUCCUCCUCUCCUCAGAAAGACCUGACGCAAGCCAAGAACGGCUUCAGCACGAUACAGACAUCGCAGUCUAUUGAAGCUGCAGCUGGUUCUGCAGUGAAGUCCGACUCGUCCGCAGUCCCCAGUAUGGCUUCACUCUCGAAUGCAGUAUCUGCAUCGUCGCUACUAACAUCGAACAGCCAGCACCCCGCAGCGCUGGCCAGCCUUAGCCACAAUGAGGAGCUCCCAAGCACUACCAACGCACAGCAAAGCAGUACUCCAUCUACUCAACAGAGCAGCAACCUCUCCUCUUCCUCAGCACGCACUUCAACAUCCACCCACUUGCACACAAGUGUGGAAAGUGAAGCCAAUCUUCACCCGCCCCCCAGCACUUUCGCUACAGCAGCCAGCACGGUGUCGGUGGCCCCCUCGUCGAGCGUUUCCAACACCCUCGGAGGUGGCAGCAGCCUGGGGCUGAGUUUGGUCAGUAACUCCACUGUGACGGUGUCCUCCCGCAGUUCCGUGGCAACCACGUCAGGAAAGGCUCCUCCGAAUCUUCCUCCAGGAGUUCCACCCUUGCUACCUAACCCGUACAUCAUGGCACCUGGCCUCCUGCCUGCCUAUCAGCCUCAGGUGUAUGGCUACGACGACUUGCAAAUGUUACAGACAAGAUUUCCCUUGGAUUACUAUGGAAUUCCAUUUGCCACUCCUACCACCCCAAUCACAGGAAGGGAAGCGAGUUUGACGAAUAACCCAUACUCUGGCGACCUCACCAAGUUUGGACGAGGGGAUGCUUCAUCUCCAGCCCCGGCCACCACCCUGGCACAGCCUCAGCAGAACCAAACGCAGACCCACCACACCACCCAGCAGACGUUCCUCAACCCGGCCUUGCCUCCUGGCUAUAGCUACACCAGUCUGCCGUACUACGCCGGGAUGCCCGGACUCCCCAACACCUUCCAGUACGGCCCAGCCAUGUUCGCUGUCCCCCCCACCUCGUCCAAGCAACACGGCGUCAAUGUGAACGUGAACGCAACGGCAACCGCCUUCCAGCAGGCGAGUGGUUACGGGACACACGGAUACAGCACUACUGGUGUAUCAGUAACCUCAAGCAACACGGGUGUUCCAGACAUCUCAGGAUCUGUGUACAGCAAAACCCAGCAGUCUUUCGAGAAGCAGGGCUUUCAUGCCGGGACCCCAGCAGCCUCGUUUAACUUGCCCUCGGCCCUGGGGAGCGGGGGCCCAGUGAACCCAGCCACCGCUGCCGGCUACCCUCCUCCGUUCAUGCACAUCCUGACGCCACACCAGCAGCAGAUGCACUCGCAGAUCCUGCAUCUCCAACAAGACGGCCAGAGCGGCACGGGGCAACGUACUCAGGCCAGCAGCAUCCAGCAGAAAUCCCAGGCAAACAAAUCGGCCUACAACAGCUCGGGCUACUGGGGGUCCCAACUGAGCAGAGCAGAGGACUCCCCCCCCACCCCCCCCACCGCGGGCACCGUCCGCUACACAUAUCCAGCUUUGGAGGAAAAAAACCCUGAAAAGAAAGAGAGAGAAAACGGGAAAAAAAAAUGGAAUUCCCCGGAUAGAAGUGGUGACAGCUCACCCGACACCACGUCCGGCCACACUUAAACCAAAACAGCAAGUUAAAUUAGCAAAGUUUUAAACCAGAAAAAAAAAGCUCUGCGUUGUGUCUGUGAUGCCACCUUUACUGUUGUAUGUAAUAUAGAAUUUGUAAUUCCUCCUCCUUUCUGCGUUAAGAUUACGAGAUGCUUGUUUGUUUUACCUCUGCGCCCCUCGUUCCCGAUGAAGGAGCUUCACUACCCUAGUGCAAAUUUUUUUUAUUUACUUCCCAGACACCUCCCACGCCCUCGUCUUUUCUCCCUCAAACCCAU